GACUUCCUUAGCGUGGCUAGAAUCGACGCUGCAAAAACAAUCCCGAUAUAUCGGAUUCCUUUCUACCUUUUAGAUUGCCCCAAUCUCUUUCUCUGUCUUCUCCCUUUUGCUGGUUUUGAAUUGUUCGUAGUCGAUUUCCAUUUUUUUGAAUUCUGGUUUUGCUGUUUUUUGUCGUUGCGGAAAUUGAGAGAUCGAAAUUUUCGAAAAUUUAAAAUAAAUAUUAUUAUUAGUAGCAGUAUUCUGUAGCGACUCGUUGACAAUGCCGUCGAUUUUAGUUUCCAAAGAGUGAGUCCUGAGUCGUCUCUCCAUUUGUUUAUACGUAUUCGUGUAUGCAUGUAUCGGAUUCGUUUUCUGCAUUUUUUUUAUUGUUAUACGGUCAUUUCGCUUUUCUUAUGGAUUUUUAAGAGACUCUGUGAUUGAUUCAGGAUUUUUUAGGGAUUGUUCUUAAGAUGUUAUUGGCAAUUUUUUUGGGAAAACUAGUCAGGAGCUUUCACUAGCUGAAUCAAGUUCAAGAAAAGGGAAAAAUUAGUAAUUAAUAGUAGAAAUCUCUGGGUAUUAUUUAUAUGAGAAUUUUAUAAAAAUUGAACAAUUCAAGAAAUUUUGGCGGCUUUUCUGGGGUGAAUUUUUAUAGGAAAAGAAAUAAAAUAGUUACAUUCAUUGACAGUUUGCUCCUAGAUGCCAUAUUGUGAAACCGUUUCUUUUUGUCAUCAAUAAACAAAAGGAAUUUACUCAUGGACAAUGCCAGUACUGCAUUCGGUUCCUCGAUCGUAAAAUCUGGAAAACAGAUGAAGAGAAGAGAGAGAGAAAAUGGGGAUGAAUUCAGUGAAAUGGAGAUAUAUCCUUAUCAUAAGCGGCACCAUCCUCGGCGAUAUCCUGGGCUUCUACGUUGUGCACCGCGUCCAAGUUCGAACUCAACCACAAGGAGAAAAAGGAGGAGGGAUUAAGGCAGUCCGAAAUUGAAUUGAAGAAAAAAGAGGAGCUAAAUGAACUUGAAGAUUCCCCUAGCUCUACCUCUUUUUACAGGACAUGCCCCGUAGGUGGUUAAUCUACACAAAUAUUGUUCCAUCUUCUCCAAAAAAAAAAAAACAAAGAAGGCAAAAAGUAGAUGGGCCUUUCCAAAAAGAGGCCCAGUCGGCCUGUUCCCUCCACAAUUUUCUCUUUCUUCCCGCCAGAGCUGAAAUAAUGAUUUCUAUUUUUCUCUUUCUCUAAUUACUAAAAACAAAAAUAUUAAUUAAAAGAAGAAUCAAUAAAAUAAAAUAAUUAAAAAAAAAUACAGGGAGCGAAGAUGCAAACAGCAAUUGAGUUAUUCCAAGUACAUUUAAGAAUCGACAUGAAGCGAUCUCUUAUUUGGAUUGAAAAAGUUUAAGCAAUGGCAGUAUCUCCUCCUCCUUCUUCAACGUCCAUGAAGAAGAGGAAGAAGAGCAACAACGCCAAAACUAAAUCCAAGACAGUUCCAUCCACCAACUCUGCUUCCUCAACUCACCCACAAUCCAGUCCAAAGCGUCGUCGACGCAACAAAUCCCCUGGAGUUCGACUCGUACAUGGCCGAAUCUACGAUUCUCAGAAUGGCAAGACUUGUCAUCAGUGUAGACAAAAAACAGUGGAUUUUGCAGCAUCAUGCAAGAGAAAGAUUAAGGACAAGCAAUGUACCAUCCAUUUUUGUCACAAAUGCCUCUUGAACAGAUAUGGAGAGAAGGCUGAGGAGGUGACAUUGUUAAAUGAUUGGACUUGUCCUAGAUGUAGAGGGAUUUGCAACUGUAGUUUCUGCAUGAAGAAGCGAGGUCACCAGCCUACUGGCAUUCUUGUACAUACUGCAAAGGCAAAUGGGUAUGCCUCAGUCUCGGAUAUGUUGCAUCUUAAGGACUCUGAAGGUUCAGGUUCUCUAGAGACUGUUGAUGCAGUUGUCUCUUCAAAAAAGAGAAAAGCUGCAGCUAAGGAAUCUGGAGUGAAAGAAACUGGCAAUAGCAGAAGGGAAAGCAGUUUUAAAGGGCCAAAUGGUUCAAUACAAGCCAGUGAUAAAAGGACUGCAACUAGAAAUACCAAGUUGACAAGAUCAAGGAACAAGAAUAGUAAGGAAAUUGCAUCCCAAGGCUAUGAUACUGAAAUCUCAACCCAAAAGAUUAAUCCUAAAAAACCUAAAAUCUCCAAAGAGGCAUCAUACCAAGGAAAAGUGAUUUACAACAGGAAUGAUACUAUCCAGCUAAUUAAUCUGAAAAUUCCUAAAAUGCGUGACUGCGGAGAAGAUGAAGUGCUGAACAAUGCAGCUCCUGUAGCAAAGAACAAGCCAAUUAUUAAGUCUCCAACUCGUAAGAUGAAAAAUCUAAAUGUCAAAAGCAAAGCUUCUGAUGCUGAGAUCCGACUGCCUCAAGGCUUAUUAUUAAACUGUAUAGCUGGCAUUGAUUUACCUGUUGAGGAUGUUGGCCAUGCCUUGCAAUUUCUAGAAUUUUGUGAAGCUUUUGGAGAGGUUUUUAGUAUGAGGAAAGGACAGUCUCAACUGUUACUUAGAGAGUUAGUUACUGGACAAAGUAAACGCAGACUACGCCAUUCUUCACUUGUGCAGUUUCAUAUACAACUGCUCUCUGUGGUGCAAAAAGAUUCAGGAAAAGAGUAUCCUUGCCUAAAGCAGAAUUUAAGUGAAAAUUCAUGGUUGCAAGUUCUUAGAGAAUACAUCAGUAAUUCACAAUAUCCGUUAAAGCAGCUGCUAUUGGAUUGUUUAGAUGUGGGUGAUGAUGGAUAUGAGCAGUUAGAUUCCUCAAAAAAAUUUAGAAUCUUAAACUUUCUGUGUGAUGAAGCUCUCGGCACCACGAGCUGGAUUGAUGAACAAAACUCAAAAUUUGUUGACAAAGAAAAGAAAGCAAAAGUAGAACUUCUUGCUCAAAGGGAGAAGGAGAGAAACAUGGAAAAAGAGAUGAAGAAGAAGUUGCAGGAUGAGAUAGCCAAAGCUAUUCUCAUGAAAAAUGGUGCUCCUCUUUCCAUUUCAGAGAAUGAAGACCUUCUUUCUAGAAUAAAGUCAGAAGUGGCUCAAACUCUUGAAGUAGCCCAUACUCUUGCAAGUGCAUUGGAAGUGUCGGAAACAGUGCUUGAGGAGCCAAUAUUUUGGGAUGGCCAUAGUCACAAAUUAUACAAAUUCUGGAGAUUGAGAGGCUACUCUGGUGAAGCAGAUGUUCUGCUUCAAGAUAUUGAGGGCAGAGAUUCAGUUGCAGCUAAAGAAAUAUGGUAUACCUACAGCACUGAACAGAAAGCUACCAUUGAGAAAUAUAUUUCAUCUGUCAGGACGCAGAGGAAAUGAGGCAAGCAAUAUGCCUCGUAUGAUUUCAGGAAAUAUUACAGUUACUGUACAAUGUUAUCUAUUAACUCCAAACUCUUCAGGAGAGCAAAUCGUUUUGUAUACC